AUGGGACAUACUAGGCGAACUCUCUGCAAUGACAUCAAUAAUACGUCCGAAACAUCGAGCGUUAUUGACGUCGCCGAAAUUCCCGAUCUCAGAAAGGCCACAAAGAGUCUAAUGUCCUCAAUUUCGAAAUCCCUGAAUGAUGGAAAACGCAACACCUCAUCUGCCAAUGGUGUCCUCUCCUCGUCAGCUGGCUCACGAAUUCCUUCAGCUCCGUGCGCCACAGGUGCCUCUAGUCUGGGAAGAAAGACAAGGCUGUCCCAGCAGAAGGCCCUGCUCGCUGCUCAGCCGGGGUCUGACAGAGCCGGCGUCACCUCGCCGCCUGCACCGCGCCCCACGGAGCCCCACUACGCCAGUGUCCGCCGUGCUGACUUGGCCAGAGUCGUCGGCCAGGCUCCGGGCAUUCAAAGUCAUCAGGGAAAUCAGACCUACACACUCAUAGCGUAUCAGCCCAACCAAUCUGGUAUGUUGAUGCAAGGCUAUGUUUGUGCAUCAUUUGGGUAUCUUGUGCAGACGUCGUCGAGCGUCGCGUCAGCCGCGGUGCUGGUGCCGCCAGCGCGCGCCGGCCACCCACAUCCACCCCACAACCCGCCCUCGUGCGACGGGACCCAGAAGCCGCCGUCCAGUCACCGACCGGGAGAGCUCGUCUGCACCUGUCCGCCCGAGCUGCAUCAAGGGCACGGUAGUAUUGAAGAUGUCUACUGGGAAUUGUUGUCAGUUUACGGAUUUAUUCUACGAAAAGACAAAAACCCCGGUCGAGACAAGUCGAAAACUCUAAUUGAGCAGCAGCAGCAGCAACAGCAACAACGUCAAGGCCAACAACAACAGCAGAACUAUGUGGUUGUUAAUCGUGAUCUCACUACGGUUCAGCUACCCGAAAUUGCUCAUGCAGACAGAAAUCUGAAACGCGAACCAACUGAGACAAAUGGUGCUGCUGUGGUUGCACUUGUUCUUGUGUUUAAGAGGGCGGCUGCUGCACGAGCUCAAAGUGACGUGCGCCUUUUUCGUACCGCGUUGUCCAACCUGAAGCACGAGCAUUUACAGAUGAAAGUUCUCUUUGGAAAAGAAAUUCAAAACUGCGAAAGGCAGAUUUCUGUUCAGUUGAAAAAAUAUGAGCGUAAAAAAGGAUUACAACAACCACAACCAUUCUACGACACAAGAAUACACAAGGUUCGUGUUGAUAGGUUAGCCCUCGACAAUGCACUUGCAGCCUACCAAACCACGUGGUCCUCGUUGAUUGGUCAGCUGGCAGACCUUGAAGGAGUCAUUGAAGAAACUGGAAAUGACGUGCUCAAAGGUAGAUGUCGAAUAACACCACAAAUGGUCAGUGCCCUCGAAGAUCGAUUGCAGCUUGCGACGUCAGCUAUCGAGUUUUGUUGUGAAAAUGACCCCCUGUUAAGAAAGUCAAUUUGGCAACACGCAGAAAAUGAGAUGGAUUCCGCUGAGCAGGAAAUACAAAUUCUAGGGGAACAGUUGGAACAGUUAUCAGACUUGCGUGAACGCAGUGCACGACUUAACGGCACCAUCGUUACAUUGAAACGUUUGGCAAAAGUUAACGUCAGUGCUAGACAAAACGAACCACAACUGCAUCGGCUACGUGCACUUGGAGGCAUACUGCAUCCAGCUGCAGCUGACAACGGCAGUGCUGAGAGAAAGCGUCUCAUGGCAACAAUUCGUCUGCUGCAACCUGACCAUGAUGAACGAAUGCGAAGCAUAGAGAUUCAGGAAGCUUUGCGUGAGCGGCGAAAGCGCGUUUUCCGUGAUCCUCCAAUCUUCAAAGGACCCGCUAAAGCACUUCUACUUAAUGGCAUCCACAUUUCUCCGAUUUGGCCGGAAGGAUUUUCCCGCAAAUCUCAACGAAGCGCGACUCUGAUGCUGGAUCCCCCGGACACCCCGACCGUGACCGAAGAAACACCGGAGGCCCCCAACUCGACCGCCAACCUCCCACAACCUCUGCGCGUCCCAAUUUCCACUGUUCCAACUGCACGCGUCCUCGUUGGUAGGCUUAAAAAUCCAAACGCACCGAAGGCUAAACGAAGCGCACACGUCACGUUUAAUAUGCAGGUAUACGUAGACGGAGAGACCCAGCCGCUGCCACUGAACUGCAUCCUUGACGAAGACACCGCCGGGGUGCUUCGGAGGAGGCGACCGGUGCCCGCUUUGCCAGGUGACUCGGAAGGGCAGGGGGAGGGGGUUCCACCCACCCCGCCACCCCGCUUGACCAGCCAGGUAACUGCACCAGCGACGGUACCACAAAUGCAUGCCAGUCCUGUCAAACUCCUGCGUUACGAAAACAUGGAAAUGUUUCUGAAGAACAUUCAACCACAAGCGGCAACCGAGUUAAACAUGGAUCUACUUGAUCAAGCAUGA